CAAUAUUGAAGUUUCCUUUCUUCAUUGCUUGCUCUUUAAACAAAAACCGAGGCGAAAUGGUCGCGAAUGGAUACCGUGUAGCCUUUGCUUUGACGUUUGUUGGGCUGAUUCCAGCCUUUGAGAUUGCCCGCCAAACGGAUGUAUCGCGACCGUCUGGCCAUGUAAUACUUCGAUCGAUGACACGAACAACGUCCUUGGCGUCUACCAGAAGCGUAGCGACAGAAGGCACCAAAAGCACAAAAUCGCAGAGCGCUGGACAAUCGGAUGCGUCUGACGAUAGAAACGCACGAUUCUUGGCGGCUCGUGCCUUGAUCACGAAAACGGGGUCGGCUGCCUUUGCGGUGGACCGUCUGGAAUCCAACAAGCACUACAGCACUUUGUCUACACGCGAUCGGUCAUUUGCUCGUUUGCUGGUGACGACGACGGAGCGCAGAUUGGGGCAAAUCGAUGAAGUCUUGCGACAAUGCCAAAAGGAAACAAAGUCCAGGCCUAACCGGGUUGACCAGUUUGUACAAGCCGCCCUACGAAUCGGUGCAACGCAGUUGCUUUUCCUGAAAGUACCUGAACAUGCGGCAGUGAAAGAAACGGUCGAACUUUUGCGGCACGAUCCCAAAACGACAGUUCCGGAAUCACGCAUUAAGUUUGUCAAUGCGGUUCUGCGACGAAUCUCUCGCGAAGGGGACGUGCUACUGGCAACGACAGAUGUGACCCAGAAUGCAUCGCCUUGGUUGGUCAAGGAGUGGCAAAAAUCAUGGGGCGAGGAAGCCACAAGAAAAAUUGUAGCAUUAGCUAUGGAAGAAACUCCCCGCGUAUUGACCAUUAAGCAACACCCCGGAAGCCAGUUGGAAAAGCCGAUGGGUAGGAUAAAGGCUGUCGCGGCCCUUUUCGAAGACAGCGAAAUUCUGCCGCAGGGAUCGGUCCGUGUUAACACUAGCCCUCCUGGGAGUAUCAUCAACUGGCCAGAGUACAGUGAAGGAUCUUGGUGGCUUCAGGACGCCGCUGCCACGACCCCUGCGAUUGCAUUGUACAACGCACUCAGCAAAAAUGGAGAAACGUCGGUUGCAGGCUUAGAUGUAGUAGACAUGUGCGCCUCCCCGGGAGGCAAGACGGCACAACUUUGGAAUUACGGUUUUGCCAGUGUCACAGCAGUGGAAGUUGCGGAGAAACGUACGGAACGCUUGAGGCAAAACAUGCAACGGCUUAACAUGGACUGCGAGGUUGUGGUCGCCGAUGGGGCUCAGUGGACAUCCCAGCACGAGUCGCUACAGGAACGGGGAGCAAGCGGCCAGAUGUACUGA